UGCGUCGAUGCAUGCAAGCGUGCGCGUGAACGGGCUGCACCAGCCCUUCUCGAGGGACCAGGUCACGAGCUGGGUCCUGCAGCCGUGCCUCUUUGCCGCAUUUGUGGCCAUCACCGUGAGCUGCCUCAAUGACCUCCUCGCGCUGUGGGUGCUUCUGCCGUACGUCGCCGGGAUGGCCCUCUUCUUCGUCUGCUGGUUUCUCUGCGAGAGCCGCAACCCCGCGGCUGCAAUCGCCACACGCAAGUGGUGCGUCCCCGUCCCGGCCAAGCCGAUUCGGUACUGCAGCGCUUGUGCCAAAAACAGCCCAGGGCUCGACCAUCACUGCACGUGGCUCAAUACGUGCAUCGGCGAGGCGAACUACGAGCCCUUCUACCUCCUGAUCCUAUCCGGCACCUGCGCAACGUUGUACCAAGCCAUCGUGGGCAUCGUCCUGGCCACCUACUGGCUCGACGACGUUCUCGUGUGGCAUCCGGCAGCGCACCGGGACGGCCUUCUCGUGGCGAUCUGGCUGCACAAUAUUAUUUGCCUCGUGCUGGGCGUGGCGUACGGCGCCCUCACGGGCUUCCAUACGUACCUGCUCUACCUCCGCAUGGGCACGUACGACUUUAUCCUCAAGUACGGCAUGCAGAACCGCUGCAUUCGCAUGCUCAAGUGUCAAUGCCUCUCGCCGUCACGGCCGCUGAAACCCAACGUACCGUCCAAAACCCCCAAAUCGCCGCCCACGCCUGCUAAAAAAGGGGACAGCGUCACGCCCGACAGCGCCGCCGACUGGAAGCAGUCUCGCAAGCUCGGUCCGACGGCAGGUACGACGAUGGCGGCGACAAAGGUGUCGGAAGGACGCCGAUCGACCAAGAUCUCGGUCGUCGACGAGCUCACAGACGUCCCGCAUGCCCGGCGCACUGGGUCCAUCAAGUCGUUUGAGCAUCUCUCGGUUCAUGAAGUUCAAAUGGCACCUGCACCCGUCUCGGCCGCGGCCAACAACGACGACCCAUCCAUGGAGAGUGAUGCCUUGGAGUAAAACCACCACCGACUAUGCGAUAACAUAGUAGUAGUAGAGACCACCUUUGUAGUAGAAU